AUGAGAUUUUCUGAUGUGGAAGACCUGCGGGCCCACCUCAUCAGCCUGGACUGUGACUAUGGCGGCUACGCCGAGUCACUGUGGGCUGGUCACAUGCGGACCACCGAGCAGCUUUGUAAUGCAAGUCUGCCAACCCUGAGGGCUGCCGGCGUGAUCAUCGAUGUUCACGCUGAAGACAUCAAGGCCAGGGCAGCACGCGCGGACAAGGACCUGGGAUGUUGGGCGCAGCAGCUGGUGGACACCCAGGAGGUUGAUGGCUGCCUGCGCCAGCCAGCAAGCCAGCCUGCGGGCCUGCCGCCACAGCUGCGUGGCAGCCUGUACAUUCGGCGCAGCUACCGCAGGAUGUUCGACUUGCUGUGGGCCAGCCGCAGCAAUGAAGGGCAGCAACCGGGGUUUGUUGUGACAGGCACACCUGGCACUGGCAAGAGCGCCUUCGCCCUCUACCUCAUUCAGCAGCUCGGCAUCGAGCAGCAGACUGUUUUUUACGAGUACGAGGAGGAGAGGCGCUGGUGCCGCAUCAAGUUUGACUUCAGCGGUCCCCAAGCUGUGGCCAAGUCUGUGAUGGCAUCGGUGCACGACGAUGACUUGCGCGCUGGCGAGGCCUGGCUGAUCGUGGAAGGCCCGCCGGCAGCCAAUGUGGAAUUUGGGGGCCUCACUAAGACGGUGGUGCUGUCGUCACCUGAUUAUUCCAACUUCCGCACGUUCAUCAAGGGCAAGCAGCGGCUGUACGAGGAUGUGGCAGCUGACACCGUGGCGGAGCGGUACUCCUGGCUGGGAGGCAGCAUCAGGCAUGUAUUGGUGAAGCUCAACACGGACCCUGAGCAACGGGUGCGCGGAGCCCUGCACAAGCAGAGUGCACAGCAGCUGGUUCGGUCAGAUUUCUCAGUGGGCUACGUGAACUUCGCGUCGCCCCGCAUCGCGGACCUGGUGCUACAGCAGCUGGCAGCUGAGCUGCGACAAGGCCUGCGGCAGUUCCUGGUGGCGUCCAAGGACGAGACCAACCCUGCUGGCCUGAGGGGCGUGCUGUUUGAGCGGCAUGGGCACAAGGUGUUCCAGCAGGGCGGCGUCACGUGCAAGUGGCGGCAGCUGCAGCCGCUGCAUCUUGCAGAGGAGGAUAUUCUCCAGCCGCCACCACAGCAGCAGGGGCAGCAGCAGCAGCAGCAGCAGCAGCAGCAGCAGCAGCAGCAGCAGCAGCAGCAGGGGCAGCAGCAGCAGCAGCAGCAGCAGCAGCAGCAGCUGUGCAUUGUUGUGGGGCAGCAGUUGCAGCAGCCAACAAAUUUGACCUUCAUGGCGGUGUUCGCAUGA